AUGGCUGAUCCAAACUCUGGAGAUGGCUGGAAUGACAAAUGGGGCGACAAUUCGUCCGGCGGCCGAGUAAGUGAAAGCAGCACUUCGACAAUCGUGUCUGAUUCUAACAAUGACUCUUCGAAGAAUCCCUCCGACCAAGAUGCCACCGGUCUUGAAUCUUCUCCUCUAGUUGUCAAACCCCUUCCAUCAGUCGAUCUCAAAUCCCUCUCGGCUGCAUUUGGAACUCAAUUUGUGAUCCCAGAAAAUGCACAGGGCGCGUCCUUCACCAAGAAAGCCGCCACAAAAGCUUUCGACAUUGCUAGCGGUGAGACGGAGCGCACCGAAAAGCCCAAGCACUCAAGCUCCAGAAUUACCCAAAAGGGCUUCAAAGCCAGGCCACCUCGAGAAGAAAAACCUGGAAAGGAAGCAAAGGUCUGGGAAAACAAGAAUGCGAAUGUCGAAGAGCAGGGACCGAUCACAGUGUUCGACGAGGCAGAUUUUGGUGUGCUUGAAAUUGAGACCAUACAUGGCAUCGAAGCCUACGCAGCUGGUACUCCAUGGCCAUGCACCAUUCUCAACCUCCAGACAGGGGAACAGCUUCACGGAAUCGACUCGGACGUGAGAAUUUCCUUCAUCUGCGACAAGCACAUCUCACACAUCCAAGUUAUUAUCGCAAAGUCGUCCAAGGCCUUCCCUGAAGUCGCUGACUACCGUGUCGUCAUGCGUUUCAGUGCCGAUGCCAUCAAUAAGAUGACAAUCGCCCAGGUUGAGCAUGAAGAUUUCCAAAACCUGGCUCCCACAUUCAAUCGCUGCUACGCGCUCUUGAUUGCAUAUGAGCUCAGCGAGUUGAACUGUGAAUCUUUGCUCGUCCCCAACUCAGCUCCGCAAGUUCAAGGUCUCAAAGAUCAUAUCAAAGCAAAUCUCCCUUUGGUAUUUCACAUCUGCGGUUCGGAGCAUACGUAUGCGAACUAUGCCGCUCUACACCAACAACUUGCUGUUGAUCAAUCCAUCCAUCCCAUGACCAAGUGGAUCUGUCCCGGCAAAUCAAGAUUCGUUAUCCAGAAAGAAGAGUUCAUCCCAAAGAAUCAACGCCCCGAACAUUGUGUCGUCGCAGCCAAAAACUCGUACUUCAACUACGACGAGCUACUCGUUACGCAAUGCAUCGGUGACCUUCAAGAGCAAGAAUAUGUUCUCUCUCAAUUGUCCACAUAUGAGAAAAAGUUACACGAUCUCUACAUCCUCGAGCUGGUCAAGGGUGGAAAUCGUGCAUUCCUCGGCGUUCUGGAUGUUCCCGUCGAAGAUCAAAUCCGUCUGCAAGCUGGGGAUUCCUUGUACAUUCACGAUCCCGCAAUCGAAGACGAUGACGACUGUAAGCUCCAUGCUACUGUCGCUGAAGCCAUUCCUGGUCUACCCUCUACUCUGAUCCCUCUUCAUGUCACAAACUACUACGACAUGGAGAACGAUAGUUUCGGACAUCCAAGCUUGACGGUCAAACCCAUACCACUCGCGGCACAAGACGAUCUUGUCAAGAAUCUCAAAGCCCUUCGAGCCAGUCCCAAGAUGAGAGUCAAGAUCGUUUUCGACAAGAAUGAACAAGUCUACAAAGACAAAGUUGUCGGUAUGGCUUUGCUGAAUAAGUGGUUCUCCGAAGGCUCUGCCCUUGCUGUUGCCUUUCAGCAGCUCAUUAUCGGAAACAACAUUGAAGCCGUUCCUACCUUCAACAUCUUUCAGCCUAUUCUUCCCUAUGUCUCUAACCCAAAGGAGGUCAUGCAUACACUCAACGAAGGUCAAUCCCGAGCCAUCGAUCACUGUAUGAAUGCUCCAGCCGGCGCUGCGAUCAUUCAAGGUCCACCAGGCACUGGAAAGACCUAUGUCGGCACCGAAAUUUCGCGCCCUUUCGUCAGAGCUGGACUGUCCGAUGUUCACGUCCUCGUGGCUUCCAAUGCUAACACCCCUAUCGACGCCUUCGCCCUCCGUCUGCAUAACAUGAUUAUGAGCGAAAACAACCCCAACGCAUAUCUCAUUCGCAUCUUCUCUUUCUCAACCGAAAAAGAAAUUGCCACACGAACCGCAAAGUUGGAAGCGAGAAAGGCUGGCAUCAUACCAAAACAUCGUCCUACACUUGUUGAAGAUCUCCAGCCGGAAGAGAGAGAAGCUUUUGAGUGUCUCCGUUUCUCCAUGGUUGCCUAUGAAAAUUACAAGCGCGAGCAUACCUUCGAAGUCGAGCUCGUCCCAGAUGAUCGUGUCACGGAGAAAUGUCUUAAGUUUGCAGUCGGCACUCGCAUGCUGCAAGUCAUCGGAAAGAUUCCAGCCGGCAAAGGCGAUCCUACUCCACAACCGCAAGAAUUCCAUGAGUUUGUUUCCCUCUACCAACAAGUAUGCAAUGGGACCGAGUUGACUCGCGAUACAAGAGCCAAAUUCAAAGGCGAGCUCAAGAGGCUUAUGAACCAUGUCAUCCACAAUGCAACCAUCAUCUGCACGACUGCUUCUCUUGCCAUACAGUACAAAUAUGCAAGCGCCUGCAGUGACGUUGUCAAACUGGUCAUUCUUGAGGAAGCCGCUCGCACCGAACAAUCUGAAGCUCUUUCCCUUCGCGCAAAUUACCCUCAGGCAACUGGGUUCGUUCAGAUUGGUGACAUUCAGCAACUGCGGACCUUUGUUGCAGCUUCUCCCGAGGACGGACACUUCAUUGCUCAACUCUUUCGCUCUCUCAUGUAUCGUUGGGUCUCAGGUGGUGCCCCCUCCGCCAUGCUCACUGUUCAACAUCGCAUGGACCGUGACAUCGCCGGCCCUCCAAACGAGCUCUCAUACGGAGGCAAGCUCACAAACCAUGAGUCUGUCAACCUAGAGCAUCGUCCGUUCACUCGAGACGUUCGUGCCUGGAAUAAGGAGAGGUUUGGCCGUGAACGCACCGCAAUUCUCAUUGAUAUCCAAGGAACUACCACCAGUGAAUCCCCAACAAAGUCUCGAUACAAUGAAGUCUUCGUCAAGUACGGUAUCAACCUCGCAAAGGAUCUUGUGGACAGAUUUCCCGAUAAAUCAGUCAGCAUCUUCGUUUACUAUGGCGCACAGUACCUUCUCUAUCUCGCCGCCUUCGACCGGUUGAGGCUCACUGACGAGAAAUAUGACAAGAUCUACAUUGACAAGGUCGACAGAAUCCAGGGCGUGGAGUGCGACUUUGUAAUUACCGACAUGCCUGUUCGUGGAAGAGGAGGCUUCUUGAAUGAACUCAAUCGCCUUAACGUUGCUCAUACUCGUGCUAGAUAUGGCUUCUACUACAUCAUCGACAAAGACGCGAUCAACAAAACCAAAUCUAAUCGCAUCAUGAGAGUUGUCAAGUCGUACAUGAAGUCCGGUCUUAGACACGCAAUCACAGCAAAUGACCAAGCCGAGAACCCAAUCAAAUGCCCUUUCUUCGAAGAAAACAUGGUCGACUUUAGCUCAGAAACGGCAACCUUACCUGGAGGCGACGGCUGGGACGCACCACAAGACGAACCUGGACCCCUUACAUCUAAGGACGAGGAAGAAGCAGCUUUGCUUGAGGAAGAGAUGAAGGAAAUCGAGAAUGCUGAAGACCAGGUUCAUGAUGAGAAGGAAACCAAGAAUGCUGAAGACAAGAUUCAGAAUCAAGGACAGGAGGUUGACCUGAAUGACUGGAAUACCAUGCCGCUUUCCAAUCCACCCUGGGCCUGGUAG